CGUCCUUCAAUUAACUUCAUCACUCUCUCGCUCUUGUCACCCUCCUCUUUCUCGCGACUUAGCAUCACUCGAACCGAUGAUCAGACAAGAAGGUGUUAUCUGUAAGAGCGAAUUAGCGUUUGAGAUUGAAUUAGAAAACCUGCGAAAUUAGGGUUUAAUCUUAUUCUAGGGAGCUGAGCGAUUGAAUUGUUAUCGGUUAGUGAUAGAUCGUUUAGGGUUUGCUGAUUGAGUGAAAGUUUGGAUUUUUUUUUUGGGGGUUUGUGUGUUUGUGAAUCUGAUGUGAGAGAAAGCUUUGUUCUUUCCCUUUGUUAGCGAUUUUUUUUUUUUUUUGUGAAUGGCGAGCACAGGCGAGGCGGAUCGUAAAAAGCGUCACUUUAGCUCAAUAUCAACCACAGAGGCUGUAAAGAAACAGCCUUUCUUUUGGCCUUCCUCUGAGGACAAGCUUGAUACUGCAGUCCUUCAGUUCCAGAACCUUAAGCUAUCACAAAAGCUAGAGGCUCAGCAGGUUGAGUGUUCCAUUCUUGAGGAUAGGCUUUCUCAGAUCAAAGAUAAACAAUUACCAUCCAGUUCCUGUUUGAAGACUGUUCACAAGUCUUGGGAAAAGCUUACAGCUGACGUGGAAUCAUGCUCCAUUCGUGUGAUUGAUUCAAGCAUCGGAGCUCACAGGUCUGUUAACAAGGAGGAUGGGUCUUCUCCCUCUGUUAAAGACGAUUUCAUCAACAGGCUACUCGAAACUGGUGCCACUGAGAGCUCUUCGUCUAAUACCUGCUCGAAUCAGAAGGAAGAAAACAGAGAGAAUACAUCAAGUCAGUUGAAGCAAACCUUGUGUAACCUAGUAGCCGCGACCAAUGAUUUGAGGUGUCUGAAGGAUGAACUAUACCCCACAGCUCUCAGAACGGGUCUUGAUAAAGAUUUGUCUGGUCAGCUAGCGCUGAAUGAGUUGGAAUCAGAGAUGAAAAGUUUCAGAGUGGUUCUAGAUGAUGUUCUUGUGAAGUUCAAAUCACUUUCGAGAGAGUUGCAGAGUCAUCGGGAUACUGAUGCUAAAGUUAGAGCAGACCUUAAACGAAUAAGAGGGGAGCUAGAGAAUGAGGUCGUGGAGCUUCAACAAUGUAAUGGUGAACUGUCAGCACUGAGAGCAGAAAGGGAUGCAACAUCAGGGGCGUUCUUCGCAGUGUUGAGCCCUGGAAACAAGCUUGCGACCAGAGAUAAGGCAAGGGAUAAACAAAGGGAUCUGCAAAACAUGGAAUCGAUUCUGAAAGACUUAACGGUCCUUGCUUCAAGCAGGCUACAAGAGCUAAAAGAUCUUCAUGAGGAGAGGACAAAGAUUCUUGAAAAAAUGAGUGUUUUACAGAAACAGUCAAAGUCUGUGACGGCCAUCUCAUCUUCUCAAGCCUGCCUUUCUCUGAAAGACCAGCUGAGAAAAUCCAAAGAAGCUGUUUUCAAGUAUAUGGCAUUACUUGAGAAACUGCAGGUUGAAAAAGAUAGUAUAUUCUGGAGAGAAAGAGAAAUGAGUAUAAAAAGUGAACUAGUUGAUGUUGCUCGAAGGUCUUCUUCUGUUGCUGAUUCUAGAAUUGCUUCUUUAGAUGUGGAGAUACAGAAACAGCUUGAUGACAAAAGUCGAAUCAAGACUAGGUUGGAAAAUAUUUCGAAAGAGCGAGGUAGAAAAGAAAUAUUUGCAGAUAUGAAGGCGUUGGUGGCUUCGUUCCCUGGGGAAAUGAGUUCCAUGCGAAGUCAACUAGAGAAUUAUAAAGAAACUGCUGGAGGUAUUCAUUCUCUGCGGGCUGAUGUACAGUCCCUCUCCGUGGUUCUAUGUAGAAAGACAAAAGAGUGUGAAGCAUUGCAUCUGAGAUCGGCUGAUUAUGCUUCUCAGCUACAUGACCUGAAUGCUACGGUUUGUGAUUUGAAGAAUAGUCACGAGGAGUUGAAGUUGUUUCUGGACAUGUAUAAACGCGAGUCCACUGAUCCGAGGGACAUAGCUGAAGCCAAGGAACAAGAGUACAGGGCUUGGGCUCAUGUUGAAAGUUUAAAAUCCUCCCUUGAUGAGCAGAAUCUGGAGUUGCGCGUUAAGGCAGCAAAUGAAGCUGAAGCAGUUUCCCAACAAAUGUUGGCUGCUGCGGAAGCUGAGAUUGCUGAUUUAAGACAGAAAAUUGAUGAUUGUAAACGGGAUGUGGUAAAGCAUUCUGAUAUCUUGAAAUCUAAACAUGAAGAACAUGGGACAUAUCUUUCCGAGAUGCAGGCAAUUGGAAGUGCUUACGAGGACAUUGUACCACAAAACCAACAACUUUUACUUCAAGUUACAGAGAGGGAUGACUAUAACAUCAAGCUUUUCUUGGAAGGCAUAACUUCAAGGCAGAUGCAAGAUGCUCUGCUCAUCGAUAAAUACAUCAUGGACAAGGACAUCCAGCAAGCCAGUGCAUCUGCCAGCUUCCUCUCCAAGAAAUCCUUAAGAAUUGAAGAUCAGAUGAGGUUCUGUACAGAGCAGUAUCAGAGACUAGCCGAAGAUAAAUACCAAAAGUCUGUCACUCAUGAAAUUCUCCAAAAGAAACGAGCAGACGCUGUGAAUGGCUUGGAACAAGCUAGGUCAAAGCUAGGGGAGUCGCAUUCCAAAGCUGAGCAAAGCCGGGUUGAUUACGGAGCAUUGGAACUGGAGCUGGAAAUCGAAAGGUUCAAUAGGAGAAGGAUAGAGGAGGAAGUGGAAACAGUCAAAACGAAAGUUUCUCGUCUUAGAUCUCUCGUGGAAGGAUCAUCAGCCAUUCAAAAGCUCAGACAAGAACUCAAUGAGUUCAAAGAGAUCUUGAAGUGUAAGGCCUGCAACGAUCGCUCAAAAGAGGUGGUGAUCACGAAGUGCUUCCAUUUGUUUUGCAACCCAUGUGUUCUAAAGAUCACAGGAACAAGGCAAAGAAAGUGUCCAACAUGCUCAGCAAGCUUCGGACCCAACGAUAUCAAGCCUAUCUACAUAUGAGAGGGGAUGAUGCAGCAUGGAACAAGCAAUGAAAAAUCACUUUUGUUUUUGUAAUUUUUUGUUUGUUGCUUUUUCAAACUCUUCUUUUUGAGAGCAAAAAUAGAUUAAUUAUAGUUUAUAAACCCAUACACAUUUUAGCUCAUUUUUAUAUAGUACAUUUGUUCCAAUC